CCCGAAAUUUGUCUGUCUACGCCAUAGCUUUAGAAUUUAACAUAUAAAUUGCUAAAGCAUAAAGUUAAAGCUUUGACUUGAAGACGUUUUUAAAGAUUCUAAAAUCUCCGUUACUAAUGCAGUGACAAAUGUGGCAAAUCAUGUCAUGUCAUUAAACUAAGCUAGUGCAGUGUCAUAUUUACCUAGAGUAUUUUCAUUAAAGUCCAAACAUACAACAAUAACACUUAACUUUUAGAGUAAAAUUUGCAUUAGUAAUGUUGCAAUUGACGGGCCAGAAUUAUAAUGCACGUGAUAUAAUCAAGAACAUCUUCUCGCCACUAAUCGGGGUGCUGAGCAGCCCCCUGGCGGAUGAGGCAUGUCAGCGAAACAAUUUAACAUUUGUGGAGCUGCUCCAACCAUUUGCCAAAUUGCCUAACGAUGCUCAUUUUCGCGAUGUAUCAGGGACGAGCGUGUCUGUUCGAGGAUUACGUCUCAAUUUCUGUGAUGUUGACUGGAGGCCACCGCAAACGGUGUUGGCGCGGAAAAUGCUUAACGAUUCGGUGACAAAUGCCCAUAAUGAUAAGACCAAGGUUGUCACUAUUGCUGACAUGGAUCUGGAACUGCCCACAUCGGAACCGUGGUUCGAGCAGUGGCGGGAGACCUUUCUUACAGUACAAUUCCCAGCAGAGCAUGAAUUCACACGUCACCUGUUAAGCUGCUUGCUGAUUCUCUCUAGUGCUGAUCCUCAAAUCGUAGAAACGGCCCACAAGUUAACCCAACGGGUGCAACAAAUGCAAAGCAUAACACCCCAAAAGUUGCCAAAAUGGUUCCACCCCAGUGAAGUGCUCAAUAGCUACGUGGUACUUCAUGAGGCCCGACAGGGGGAUUUGUCAAAGGCACAACAGGCAUUCGAAAUGCUCAAGUCCACGUUUGGUGAUAGCAAGUGCUUUUUAAUCUCAAUAAAUUCCAAUGAAGGCGGUCAGCCGGCUGCUCAAGAUAUGCAGGAUUUGUGGAAGGACUAUAUUAAAAGACAACCAAAGUCCACGCUAGCCCAAGAGGGUUCUUCUGAUCCAAGUGCACCAAAAUCGCCUCAGGAAGCAACGUCGGCAGUUGGCAGCAUGCCCGCCAUGCAAAUGUCUGUCCUGCAAGAGCAAGAGCAAGAUGUAGUCGGUAUGCUGCAUCCACUAUCACCCAUGCAGGAGAGUGCCACGGAUGCCCUAAGCACAAGACUAAGCAUCAGCAGCGAGAGCAUAGCAUCACAAAAUAUUAAUCCAAAUGUGUGGGCAGCCUCCGAUGAUGUAGCCGCAGAUAAUGCACCUCAUGGCUCUUGUCUAGGGGCCAAAGAUUUGGAAAAUUUGCGUCAUUUCGUACAGGACUACGCAGUGCGUGCCUUAAUCCCAUACAUUGAACAUUUGGUGGCCAUUUUAAGCGAGGGUGUUACACAGAAGAAAGGAGUUAGCAAAUCCUUACUUAGUGCUACCAAAAGAUGGUUUGUCACUAGCAAACCGGGAGCUGGCGCCAACAACCAGAAUGCGGUGAUUUACACCAAUGAGUCGGCAGAGUUACAAACGCGAAAGCUUGGAGAUCUUUACUUUAUGUUUGGUCACUAUAAUUUAGCUUUCCAGGCCUACCAUCAGGCCAAGCGGGACUUUAAUGCCGAUUCGGCCUGGCAAUACUAUGCAGGAGCUCUAGAAAUGGCUGCACUUUCGGCCUUUCAGUUGGGCACUGCGCACAGGAAGACCUAUGACUAUAUGGAAGAUGCAAUUGUCUGCUAUCUUACAGUGUGCAAGUUGCAACAAUUUGCCACAAGAGCCACCCUACUGAGCAUGGAAUGUUUGAAAACUGCUCGCUUGUAUAGUGAGGUAGCCAAGCAACUGAUUCGUAUGACCAGUGAGGAAUCGGAUCUGCGUUCAGCUCUGUUGCUAGAGCAGGCGGCCUAUUGUUUCCUAAUUAGCCCACAGCCCAGGGCGAUGCAUAGGAAAUAUGCGUUCCACAUUGUAUUGGCAGGCAACCGAUACUCGCGCGCUGGACAAAGACGUCACGCUUAUCGCUGCUACCGCCAGGCAUACCAGGUUUUUGAAAAACGGGAAUGGAGUCUGGCCGAGGACCACAUACAAUAUACGGUAGCCAAGCAGGCCUAUCAACUGAAGCAGUUGGAGGAAUCAAGUCGUUCGUUUGCCCAUUUACUUCGUCCUGGCAGUCAGCAGAAUGCCCAACAGCAAGCAAAUUUCCUUAAAGAAUAUCUUCAGACUCAGAAUGAACUAAUUCGUCGAAGUCCUGAACUGGGUCUCGUGCCCCACGCCCUGCCCCAAGUGAUUCAGUCAUCGAUACGCGUCUUAACAUUGGUGCCACCUCUUACAGCUCAACCAAAUAUUGAGCCCGCUUCCAAUCUAAACAUUAACAGCCCAUUUCAGCCAGGAGAUGAAGCCAUUUGGCAUAAGCUAGAGGAGAUGCUGGUCAUCACAGCGGCCUCCAAUAAGCCAUUCGUAUUCAAACCCUCAAGAUAUUUGUUCACCCAGCAACAGCCCGCAUUGGACAUACCCCUGGCCAUUCAAGGUGAACCUAUAGAGCUGGCCGUCAGCCUUGCAAAUAGUGUGAAAUGUGGCGUUGCGCUUACUGACAUAGAUCUUCUUUGGAAACUCACCUUGGAUAAUGGCGAGGAGCUGUCAAAUGGAAAUCUUUCCACUUCGGAUGGCGCUUCCUCAGCUGCUAUACAAGCAGCCGUCAAAUGCCAAUGCCCAGUCAAUAUAGAGCUGGCCGAACAGGCAACAGAGACGCUACAUUUUCGUUUAACACCCAAGCUAACUGGUCGCCUCAAUAUAUUGGGUCUCUUUUGUCGUGUUGCUGCUCUAACGGAUCCAGCAACCAGUUUAUUAGGCUACCUGAAAUUUGAAACGCAGCGGGUGAAACCAUCUGCAGAAUCGAAAAAAUCAACGCAAUCCUUAUCGCAGACCAUGCUGGACAAUAGACUGGACCUUCGUUUGAUCCCACAAUUGCCUGCCUUGAGCAUCGGAUUUAGUUCAGUGCCCAGUGAAAUGUUAACUGGCGAGAUUGUACCGGUGACAAUUACUCUAAGAAAUUUAGGCAUUGCUCCCAUUGACGAAAUUUUUGUAGCCUGUGAUAAUCCGCGCUCAAUAACACUUCUGCAAAAGGAAUCUCAGCAGCCGUUGCCCCUAGCUAUGCUUAACUCACUGCGGAACCUCUCCAAUGAUAAAUUGGUCAAGGACAAGGAGAUUCGUGGUCAGCAUGUUUGUAGUCUGCCACCACUAGAGGCUCAACAAGCCCAGACAGUGCCAAUGUGGCUGCAGGCUCCCCAUAAAACUGGCAACUUUCAACUUCGCUUGCUCUUUUACUAUUCUGUACCUGGCGGAGCGGCCAUUAAAUAUCGACUGGUUCGUCACAUUUGGCAGCUGCAGGUGGAGAGUUGCUUAGAGGCCGAAGCCACCUGUAUAAUAAGCAAUGUAACCAAUGGGGAACUUGGCUUGGACAUCAAGCUGAAGAAUGUGAAUAAUGAACAAAAGAAUGUCAGCACGGAAGUUUACAUAAAUACCUUGUCGUUGUACUCCAAAGAGUAUAAAUUGAAUCCUGACAAACUGUUUAUUAUGGACAAGAUGGGAAUAUCAGCAGGACAAGCCGGAGAACAUAGCCUUAAGUCCCAAAAGUCGUGUAGUUUUCAGGGCCGCUUGCAGGCAAAUCAAGACUCUAAAGAUGAAGAAUUCAGCCAACAGGCGACGAUGCCCUCAAUUAAACAACUUCUUGCCAGUCGUCUCUCCCAUCUAAAAAUUAUGCCAAUGGACCGGAUUUCGGAUCUGCUGCCGCUAGAAGAUCCACGUUCUUUUCUGGCCAACGAAGAGACAAUUUUCUUUCCCACCAACAUCAGCACCGAAGAUUUUAAUGCCAUUGUUGCAAGCUAUCUGCCACAUUCCACCCUCGCGCUUAGUUGGAGUGCCAUAAUUAGUCAGGAUGAGGGUCGGAAUGAGAGACUUGUCAAUGGAUUGCAUUUCAUCAAGCUGUAUAAUCUGUAUGAGACGGGCAAUUGUCCAUCAGGCGAUCUGUCAGCAGCAUCAGAGGUUUUGCUUAGACGUAAAUCUAAAGACGGCGAGAAAGGGCCCAGCAAGCGAGAGUUCCAAUUGUCAGAGGAUAAAAUAGCUGGAUCACCUGACCCCAAUGAGCAGUACGAGGUUUUUGGUGAUGAAAGGGAACAUUGGGAACCCAAUGAGAACUACAUUGGUCAGCGAUGCCUUCUCGAAGAUGAAAGCUUUGUGAUGCCUGUGGCACCAGCCAAGGGUUAAACCAAUCAUUCCCAUUGCUGAUACACUUUAGUAACCAAUUGCAGUGAUCAUGCAUAUUACAUAUAAUUCCCAAAAGCAUUAUCUGCCCUAAAAUAUUUUGUAAUAUCAUAUAUUUUGUGUACUUUAUUUUAUAUAAUCUGCAUCGAUCCGCCUUUCAUUUAAGAAAUUAUAUAGACUACAUUAGCUUUAUUAGUUGAUUAUUAAUUGAGGCCCAACAUUAUUCAUACCCUCGAUUUGGCUAUAUCGUUGCAAAAACAAUAAACUGAUAAAUGCCAACUUGGCUAUCAUAUCAUAAAAGAAUUAAAAA